CUUCACACGGUGCUUUUCUCUCUCCCCUGCCAGUCUCAUCGUCCAUCGAACCAAACCAAUGGCGUUCAUCCAUCCACCAAAUAUCAGCAUCCGUACCGGAGGGGGGCCGGGGCGGCUCGCUGCCGUACCGGAGGGGAGCACGGACGGCGCCAAAGCUGACCACCCGCCGGUGGUGGGACUCUACCGCGACCAGAUCCAGGCCGUCUCCGUGUCCGGCGUGUGGAGAAGAUCAACUAUCUUCGGUCAUGGCGGAUCCAGCCACUCCAGUGCUUCGAAUUCUUGCCCCUCCACCAACUCCGCCUACUCCUCCGGUUCAGCGUCCGCCGUUGCGCUGGACCGCUUUGGCAACCAAGAGCUCACAAGGAUUGCUCGCCAAAUGAUCAGCCACGGGUACAUCCGGCGCAUGGUCCAAGCAUUUGAAGACGCUUCAUUCGCACAAGCAUUCGGCAGCCCGGUCCAUGCCCUGGAAAAUUGGUUCUCGGAGCUCGACGUCGACUGGGUUCUCCAAAUCCACGACGAGCAAGGAUUUCGGCGGCUGCUUCGAGACAAGCCGGCGAUGACGCAAGAAUUGGUCAAGAAGUGGAUCCGGGCUCUUAUCGUAAUUGCCGCCAGUAUCACUGAGUCUGUAUUCCCCUUCCCCACGACGGCAGCGGACGCACGGUUUGUCAAAGCGAGCAUCACCGAGAUGCUUGAUGUCGUGGAUGUUAUCAUCACCGCUCUCGAAGCGGAGAAGAAGCUACAGGUCGUGCUUGACAUGUUUACCGGUGUCUGUGGUGCGUCACACAUACUUACGCCGGUCGACAUCUCUUCAUCAGAAGGCCAAAGCAUUUUCAACGUGAUAGGCAGCAUGUUAGAGAGACAAGCAACCAGGCUAAGCGAGAUGAUAGCAAGCACGAUGGAGGAAGUGAGGACACUCGUGGAGGAAGAUGAUGACUCAUGGGCUAUGGAGAUCUCGCGAGGAGGAGGCGAAAUUCACAACAUCACUCAGUUCAUCAUGAAUUGCAUAGUAUCCAUGAUGAAUGCACACACUUCAACGCAAAACACUGCACCGAGCCACCACACUGAAAACCUUGGUGGCUUGAUCAAUGGCACAAUCAAUUAUCUCAAGGGUCUGCUCUUCACAAAAUCCGAGUCAUGCUCGGAUCAAAGCCUCAGGUACUUGUUCCUGCUCAACAAUACCUAUUUCGUAGCUCAUGUGGUGUCUGAGUCAUCAGGAUCUUCCAUUCCUCAGAUGAGGCACCUCACACUUAAACUUAAGAUUGAACGUAAGAACUACAUGAAUAGUUAUCUCGAUGUUUCUUGGGGACAUGUGCUCUCCUGCAUACCAAAAUCGAGAUUUCCUGGACCGAUCCAUUGUUGGAUCAACACCUCUUCACUGGCCAAAUUCGAGUCGUCAUUUCACAAAACGUACCAGACUCAGAAGUUGUGGAAGGUUCCAGACCCUCAGCUCAGAGAUGAGCUGAGGACAGUUAUCACCCAAAGAGUCGUUUCAGGGUACCGCAGCUACCUAGAGGAGCAUCCAGAGCUGGAGAAACAUGUUGGCCGCGAAAGCAGCAGUCCUGAAGUUUUGCAGGAGAUGUUGGGAGAGCUAUUUGAAGGCUGAAAACUGCUCGAGAUAUGUAACAGGGUCCCCCGACAAAUCAAAUGCUUAGUGAUGUUUCACCGUUGUAUUUGGAUUCUUUUUUCCUUGUUCCUUUUGUGGUGAAUUUGUAUUCUGAAUUCCGUUGGCAGCUUAAUAAGCGUCAGAUACUGUAUCAACUGGGCACCUGCUGCGGCUAUUUUAAAUUUGAUUUCAUGAUUCCAUUUC